UAUCUGUUUGUUUUUUCACUGGUCCACUAACAUGAUGACAUUUGACUUCCACAAGGUACACCUGACAUUGCUUGCCAACUUGGUCACGUACAGUCGUCCACUCUCACUCGCGGACAGCCGGCCCGGCAUCGAUCCAUGCUUUUAUUUAAAUAUCGUCAUGCUCUAAGCUUAUUUGGGGUCACGAUUUCUCCGCAUUUCCGUCACGACAUUCUGGUUGACAAUGCAGACCUUCACUCUUGAACAAGUCGCCCAGCAUAUCACAACCAGCUCCUGCUGGGUCAUCAUCCAAAACAAAGUUUACGAUGUGACCGACUUCCUCUUCGAUCACCCCGGAGGAGCGAAUGUCAUCCUCAGAUAUGGAGGAAAGGAUGCUACUGCUGCAUACGUACCUAUUCAUCCAUCAGACGCUUUGGACAAGAACCUUGCUCCGGAAAAACACCUUGGAGCUUUAGAUAGCGAGUCAAUAAAACGCCUAAAGGAAUUAGGGAAGAACAAAGUUCAAACUAAAGAUGAAUUACGUGUUGAAGAGGCGCUCAAGAACAAACCACCACUUCAAAGGAUAGUCAAUGUCGAGGACAUGGAAGAGGUUGCGAAGAAGAUCCUGCCGUACAAGGCCUUGGCUUAUUACUCUUCAGGCGGGGACGACUGUAUCACACACGUAGAGAAUGGUCGUGCCUUUGGCCGCUUCUUUUUUCACCCUCGGGUUAUGAAACCUGUGUCACAAUGCAAUACCUCAACGACCAUACUUGGUUAUAAGAGCACGAUACCCGUGUACAUCAGCGGUGCAGCGCUAGCCCGACUAGGCCACCCAUUAGGCGAGGCCAAUCUUACGCGCGGUGCCUAUAAGACUGGCAUCAUACAAAUGGUGUCCUCCAACUCUUCUCUCUCUUACGCAGAGAUAUCCGCUGCACGUGUUUCCCUAGAUCAGCCUCUCUUCUUCCAAAUAUAUAAACACGUCGACGAUGCCACUGCCGAGAGACGCAUAAGAGAAAUCGAAGGAUUAGGCUACAAGGCAGUCUUCUUGACAGUCGAUGCUCUGGUUCCUGGUAAUCGCGAGUUGGAUAUCAGGGCACCGCAUUAUCUCGAGGACUUUGAGAACCAAGGUCUCCCCACUCAGAAAAAGUUGGACGGGGAUGAAGGCGAAAUUGACCGGCUUGGUACCGCUGGUGGACUUGUCAUAAAGAACGAUGCUGACAUGACUUGGGAAAAGACGAUACCAUGGAUACGAAGCAUCACAAAGUUACCCAUCGUCAUCAAAGGCAUUCAAUGUGUUCAGGAUGCUGUUCUGGCUUGUGAAGCUGGUUGUGAGGGUAUUGUGCUAUCGAAUCAUGGAGGUCGUCAAUUAGAGUACUCUCUACCACCAAUCGAGUUGUUGUACAGGAUACGACAACAACGCCCUGACGUGUUCGAGAAGACUGAAGUGUACAUCGACGGGGGAAUCCGCCGUGGAACCGAUGUCGUCAAAGCACUGUGUCUGGGUGCAAGGGCUGUCGGUUUGGGACGUGUGUUCCUCUAUGCCCAGAGUGCAUACGGUGAGGCUGGUGUAGUUCACGUGGUGCGUAUCCUUGAACGCGAAAUCCGCUUUGGGAUGCAGUCGCUCGGUGUCCGAAGCAUCAGCGAACUCGUACCGCAGAUGGUUGAGCGUGUCGACUGGGAGCCAGUCACCCGUGCAAAGCUGUAGGUGAUUGCAGUCCUGAGCUACAACAUCUUGCUGUGCUAUAUGCCUACCAUGUUAGUACUUAUACCUUGCAUAUAUAUGGAGUCCCCGUGUUCUGGAAAUUCA